UCCGCUGCCGGCCCGCGGGCGGCUCGGCGGCCAUGCGGGCGGUACAGCCGCGCUCCCGGCAGCAGACCCUGGCCCUGCGGCGGCAGCUCGUCGGCUCUUCCUGCAAGCUGUUUUUUCCUCAUGAUCCAGUGAAGAUCACGAAGGCCAAGGGCCAGUAUAUGUAUGAUGAGAAUGGGAGACAGUACCUUGACUGCAUAAACAACGUGGCUCAUGUUGGACACUGUCACCCUGAUGUAGUAAAGGCAGCCCAUGAACAGAAUCAGUUGUUAAAUACAAAUUCUCGUUACCUUCAUGACAACAUGGUUGAUUAUGCAGAGAGACUUUCAAAAACACUACCUGAGAAAUUAUGCAUCUUCUAUUUUUUGAAUUCUGGGUCUGAAGCCAACGACCUUGCCCUGAGACUGGCACGGCAGUACACAAAACACCAGGAUGUGAUUGUUUUAGACCAUGCUUACCAUGGACAUCUGACAUCUUUGAUUGACAUAAGCCCAUAUAAAUUCAGAAAUCUAGAAGGACAAAAGGAAUGGGUCCACGUGGCUCCUGUUCCAGACACAUACAGAGGACUUUAUAGAGAAGACCAUGAAGAUCCAGUAACAGCCUAUGCUGAUGAAGUAAAAAAUAUUAUUGAGCAUGCACAGAAGAGAGGCAGAAAGAUUGCUGCAUUUUUUGUUGAAUCUCUACCAAGUGUUGGUGGUCAAAUCAUUCCCCCAGCAGGAUAUUUUCAGAAGGUUGCAGAGCAUGUGCACAAGGCAGGAGGUAUAUUUAUUGCUGAUGAAAUUCAAGUUGGCUUUGGCAGGGUUGGCAAGCACUUCUGGGCAUUCCAGCUUCAGGGAGAGGAUUUUAUACCUGAUAUUGUCACUAUGGGGAAGCCAAUAGGAAAUGGGCACCCACUUGCUUGUGUAGCAACAACAAAAGAAAUUGCAGAAGCUUUUGCGGCCACAGGAGUGGAGUAUUUUAAUACAUUUGGUGGGAACCCUGUUUCAUGUGCCAUUGGACUAGCUGUGUUGGAUGUAAUUGAGAAGGAACACCUUCAGGCUCAUGCCACAGAGGUAGGCAGCUUCUUGAUGAAGACACUCAAGGAGCAGCAAAUCAAGCAUCCCAUCAUUGGUGAUGUCAGAGGUUGUGGCUUAUUCAUUGGAGUGGACUUAAUCAAGGACCAAGCAGAAAGGACUCCAGCCACAGCAGAAGCAGAGGAACUAAUAACAAGACUUAAGGAAAAAUAUAUUCUACUGAGUACAGAUGGGCCAGGAAGAAAUGUGCUGAAAUUCAAGCCCCCGAUGUGUUUUAAUAUGGAGGAUGCAAAAUUUGUUGUGGAGACAAUUGACCAAAUACUAACAGAUAUGGAAAAAGAAUGUCUGAGCCAAAAGAAAACAACUGUUUGUUCCACCUGAGCAGGUAUUUACCUACAGCCACCCAGUACUAUUUAAAAGCCAACUUCUAAACAUAACUUCAGAAUAACUGUCAGAAUAAAGCUUCCUCAGAGAUGCUUUUACUCAAAGUUUGCAGGAAUUUCUGGGAAUCUCCAGGCAUGGACCACACUUGUGUACAUCCAGCAUUCACAACUGCCCUCCAUCAGUCUGACCCUCCCAGCAACACUGUGUGCAUCACUUGUUGUAAGCAAGGGCCAGCAUGUCCCAGACAUGACUGUCUCUAGAGCAUGCAAAUGACUGCACAUCCACACAAACAGAGCUUUUCUGCUUGCUGCUCAGUGCCUUCAGGCUCCACCUGCAUAAACACUUCUCAGCAGAUCUCCCCUUAAGUGUCAUUUCAGGUUCACAGCUGGCUUCUCAUCCUUCGGGAUCCAUUCACCCCUAGACUCAAAAGUUUGUGGGUAUCAGAGUAAGAUUGGUCUUGUUAAGUCUUCAAAGCCUUGUUAUGUCUUCAUCUGUUGAGGUCCCUCAGUAGGUUGCCAAGAGAACAUCUAGCUGCAACUCAAGUUUGCUGCACACCCAUGAGCACAGUGUAACUCACAGUUAACACCUUGGUAACAACACCCUUUGUACACUUGGUACUUCUCCAAACUUCUCUGACUAAAAGACACCCACAGGUUUGGUAGAACUCUGGAUAGCUGGGCAGGAGUGCACCUAAUGUGGUCAUUGUGAGCAGUGUAAUCACUGGUGACCUCAACCACCAGGAGAUGCACAGUGCUAUGGCCCUGAGCUAAGGAGAAAUAUGGUUUUAGUUCAAUGUAUAUUAGUAUAGCAGGCACAAGAGAAAUGUGUUAAUAUUUUAUUUAGCAAGUUAAUGGAAAGACAUACAGCUGUUUAUACUACUUAUUCUUAGGAACAGAAAGAUUACUGAACAGUGCCAGUGCAAAUUAGAGGCCUAAUGACUUAAUGUACUUAUCUGUGAUCUAAACUAAGCAAGAAAAAUGCCUUUAUUUUCUACAGGAAACCAAGAAUGCAAAAAGCCUCUUACUAAGUACAGUACUAGUAAGACACUUACAUAUAAUGUAAGCGAAAGUGAGGCAAUGAAGUAAUUUCUUUUAAUGAUACUUUUACAAAAAAACCCAUAACAUUAUUUUCUUUCCAUAGGUUUCAAACAAUGUUCAAGAUCUACUACUAAGAAACAUUAUUCUACUAUAAUAAUGCACAUUUAAUCUUCAUCCUAGCAUGUCUUAGACCAGAUAAGUCACCUCUGAUUUUUCUGUUUUCAUUUAUCUUGUUUUUAGUAAAAGCUCUAGGAGAAAUAAAUUUUACAAGAGCUUGUCUCAA